AUGCCCUCAAUCCAAAUCCUAGACGGAGGCCUAGGCACAUCCCUACAAGACCAAUAUGGCCUGAAAUUCGACAGCAAAACCACGCCUCUCUGGUCCUCUGACCUCCUAGUCUCAGACCCAACCACAUUAGAAGCGUGUCAACGGGACUUUUGCGAUGCAGGCACAGACAUCCUUCUCACAGCAACCUACCAAGUUUCACCAGAAGGAUUCCUACGUACCAAGACAUCUGAAUAUCCAAAUGGGAUUCCAGAGAACGCAAUUGGUGGCUAUCUCACCACGGCGCUGGAUGUAGCUGAGCGCGCGAGUGUGCGUUCAUCUGCUAAAAUAGCACUUAGUCUUGGUCCGUAUGGUGCGUGCAUGAUUCCAGGCCAGGAGUACACUGGUGCUUAUGAUGAAGAGCAUAAUAAUGAAGAGGCGCUCUACAAGUGGCAUUUACAGAGGUUAAGACUUGUACAGGCUGCAGAAGGAGAUUUGGUUUCGAGACUUGGGUAUGUUGCUUUUGAGACGUUGCCGAUGCUUGAUGAGGUGCGUGCUGUGCGGAGGGCGAUUGGGGAUUCCGGGAUUCGGGUCCCGUUUUGGAUUGCGUGUGUUUUUCCGGGUGAUGAUGAGAGAUUACCGGAUGGGAGUAGCGUGGGGGAUGUUGUUGAUGCUGCUUUUGGUGGAGAUGGACCUUUGCCUUGGGGGAUUGGGAUUAAUUGUACGAAGAUUCAUAAACUUCCUGGUCUUGUGGAGAGAUUUGGGGAUUGUGUUUCUGCUGUUUCGGGGGAGAAUGUGCCGAGUUUGAUUUUGUAUCCAGAUGGUACGAAUGGGGAGGUUUAUAAUACUACUACGCAGGUUUGGGAGAAGCCUGAUGAUUUGAGUGGUGGAGAGAGGGAUACUGUGAGUUUUCUUGGCUUUCCUUUCUUGGCUGUGCGAUUUGCUAAUGGGAUGAAGCGACCGUGGGAGGUGCAACUUGCGCAGGUGGUUAAGGAUGCCCAGACGAAGGGUAUUUUCAAAUCUUUUGUGGUUGGUGGCUGUUGCAAGGCUUCUCAUCAUGAUAUCAAAAAGCUUCAUGAUCAGUUUUAG